AUGCAGAGAAUCACGACCGGUCACCUCCGUGUUUACACGUACACGCACAUUUACGAGUUUCCCGCUCCCUCUUCCACUGAUGCGAAUCCGCACGACGAACUCGUCUCGGAGCUUCGUGUCGUGAACGACGCGUUCUGGAUCAGGCUAUGCACUAUGGGCGACCUAGGCUUCUCUGAAGCAUACAUGUAUGGAGAUGUUGAAUGUGACAACCUUGUCGUUCUUUUCAAGAUUUUUCUCCUUAACCGCAAGAACCUGUCUAACCUUGACUCCAAGGCGUCUUACCUAUUUACGCUUCCGCAGAAGCUGACCUCUUAUCGCUUCCUGAACACUAUAAGCAAUUCGCAGUCUAACAUAUCAGCCCAUUAUGAUAUCUCCAACGAGAUGUUUGCUGGAUUCUUAUCUGAGGACAUGACUUACUCUUGCGCUAUCUUUAGCGACCUUGAUAAAGACUUGAAGUCCCAUCCCGACGACUUGGAUGGAUGGAGCGGAGGACAGGGCCUACGCCGUCUAGACGCUAAUGCACAGAAAACGAUACUCUCUUCAACAUCAGCGACUGAGCCCUCAAACGACGAGCUCUACGAAGCUCAAAAUCGGAAGCUGCGACAUAUUAUAUCGAAAGCCAAAGUUCAAGAGAAUCAUCGAGUCCUUGAGAUAGGCUCGGGAUGGGGCUCUUGUGCAAUCCUUUUGGCCCAAACCUACCCUGGAACCACCGUAGAUACCCUCACGCUCUCGGUGCAUCAGAAGACUCUCGCUGAAAAGCGGAUAGCAGAAGCUGGUCUUCAAGACAGGAUCAAGGUCCACUUGAUGGACUACCGGUGCAUGCCACCGGAGUGGGAAGGUAGCUUCGACAGAUUCAUCAGCAUUGAAAUGAUUGAAGCUGUCGGUGCUGAAUACCUCGCGGAGUACUGGAGGAAAGUUGACUGGGCAUUGAAGACAGAAGGCGGCGUUGGCGUAGUUCAGGUCAUCACGAUCCCUGAACCUCGUUAUGAUAGGUACAUCCAAGAGAUCGAUUUCAUUCGGAAAUGGGUGCUUUUCCCCGGCGGCUUCCUGCCGACCGUUACGCUUCUCCUCUCCGACAUGCAAAAGGGAUCAUCUGGCCGACUCGUCACAGACUCCAUCUCGAACAUCGGUCCUCACUACGCAAGGACACUCCGCGAAUGGCGCAGGCGCUUUUUAAAGCAGUUCGACUCCGUCAUCGUUCCCGCUUUGAAGGCGGAAUACCCGACAGUGAUGAAUGGGCUCAAGGGUAGGGAGGAAAUCGAAGUGUUCAAGCGAAAGUGGUUAUGUGACUGUUACUGUGAAGUCGGUUUCACGACGCGCACGUUAGGAGACCACAUCAUCACGUUCACAAGAGAGGGAUGCCAAGAGUUUGGUUGCGACGUUUGA